CUUUGGUUCAACUUCAUUUAUAUUUUGCUCUCUCUUGACUCACCGCCCCCCAACCUCCUCUCUCUCUCUCCCCCCGCAACUGGAGCUUGAUUUCUGUUCUCAAAGAUGUUAUUCUCUCGGAUUUCGAGGAUUCAGAGAACCGGCAUAAAUGGGUGUCGAUGGUUUCUCUUUCACAGACCGGACCACCAUCACCAAUUCUUUCGUUCCGAGAAUCCUCUCCCUCCGACUGAGUCUGCUCAAAAGGUUUUGGGCUGUAGAGAAACUUUUUCCCGGGAUUUGCCUGCCUUGCAUGGUUUCAGCCAUGACAUCCAUCAUCAGAGCAGCUCCAUAGUUGAGGAACAGCAAGACCCGUUUUCACUUGUUGCUGAUGAGUUAUCACUUCUUGCUAAUAGAUUGCGAUCAAUGGUAGUUGCUGAGGUCCCCAAGCUUGCAUCAGCUGCUGAAUACUUAUUCAAAAUGGGGGCAGAAGGGAAGAGGUUUCGACCCACGGUUUUAUUAUUGAUGGCAACAGCUUUGAAUGUGUCUGUACCAAAACCAUAUCUCAGUGGACCCGGAGAUGUUUUGACUAAGGAACUACGUGCCAGACAGCAAUCUAUAGCUGAGAUCACUGAGAUGAUUCAUGUGGCAAGCCUUCUACAUGAUGAUGUCUUGGAUGAUGCAGAUACGAGACGUGGUAUAGGAUCAUUAAAUUUUGUCAUGGGCAAUAAGUUAGCAGUGUUAGCAGGCGAUUUUCUGCUCUCUCGAGCUUGUGUGGCACUCGCCUCAUUGAAAAACACAGAGGUUGUAUCAUUACUGGCAAAAGUUGUAGAGCAUCUUGUGACGGGUGAAACCAUGCAAAUGACUACGACUUCUCAACAACGUUUUUGCAGCAUGGAAUAUUAUAUGCAGAAAACAUACUACAAGACGGCAUCACUAAUUUCCAACAGCUGCAAGGCGAUUGCCCUUCUUGCGGGGCAGACUGCAGAAGUUGCAAUGUUGGCUUAUGAGUAUGGCAGAAAUCUGGGAUUGGCAUUUCAAUUGAUAGACGACAUUCUUGAUUUCACAGGCACAUCAGCUUCCCUUGGAAAGGGUUCUCUAUCUGAUAUCCGCCAUGGAAUCAUAACUGCUCCAAUGCUGUUUGCCAUGGAAGAGUUCCCUCAGUUGCGUGCAGUUGUUGACCAGGGAUUUGAUGACCCUGCGAAUGUUGAUCUCGCUCUGGAGUACCUUGGGAAGAGUGGUGGAAUACAGAGAGCAAGGGAGCUAGCCACAAAGCAUGCCAACCUUGCUGUUGCAGCAAUUGAUUCUCUCCCCGAUAGCGAUGAUGAAGAAGUAAGAAAAUCAAGAAGGGCACUCGUAGAUCUCACUCAAAGGGUCAUUACCAGAACCAAGUGACAAACAAGACUUGUAAUUCACGACUUAAGAAGAUAACAUUUGUUUCUGUAAUGUGAGGGGCAAUGCUCCUUGUUUUUAUCAAUAUUCAUUCAAUCAUUCCAAUUGUUGUUUUUCAAUAAUUUCAUGAAAAUGACUCAUGUCUUGUAAAUUAAACUCUUAGUUUGGAGUAAUGACAACACAGGUGAUCUUCUAGUA